GAUGUUACAACCUGUGUUCCCGUACAUGUCACUGUCGAGAUGGUGAAGAUGACUGUAACUCGGUGACUGGUUCUUGUAGCUCAGGUAGAUGCCAUCCACGAUGGACAGGGGAAAGCUGCCAAAUAGGUCGCUUUCAAUUUGCACGUGAGAAGACGAACCCGGGUAUUGCCAUGUUUUCCUGUGCAAUCUCGUUCGAUUCACCAACUAACGUUGAACCUGACUUGGUGAAAGCUACCACAGGGGACUUCUCAAUGGACAACUGGGAAAUGGCCAAAGAUCCUCCACAAAUCAUCUCUUCAACACUACUCAAUUUCAUGUUCAUCAUCCAAGGUUUUACGGAUAACAGUCCUAUUUACUGUUUUAUUGGGGACCCUUUCAAUAAUUCGUCCGAGUUCGGCUAUGUGAGAUUGGCAUCUGCUGCUUUUUAUGAGCUGCCAAUCUUAAAUUCACUACCUACGUUAGUAGCAAUCAGUCAUUACUGGGUCGUCAUUUCUUGGAGACCCUGGAACCGUUCCAUCGAUGCAGGUGAUGGUCCCAUUACUGGCUACAGGGUUUACGUUCAUACUCAAGAUGGGAACGAGACACACAGCGCUACCUUACUAUCAGAUGGAUCGUUGGAUACUGGGUCUUCAAGAGAUAGGAGGGAAGUGACUAGUGAAGGAUUAGACUUGUUGGAGUACAACAUCACUGGUCUGGAAGACGGGACAAACUUCGAGAUUCAAAUCGCGGUGAUUCGGGAAGGUCCGAAAGGAGAAGGAGAUCGAGGAUCUACUUUCAGUGUGAGGACCCAGGAGUUAUCGUGUUAA